UGGGCCCUACCUCUCUGUCUCUGCUCUCACUGUCUCCCUCUUUUCUGCAUCUCAAACUUUAUAUUUAUAAAUAGUGUUGUGCUGGGCAGCGAAGGGGUCUUGGAAUAUGAUGGCACUACGCAGUUUUUGGAUAUUUUUUGGAGUAGUAACUAUUUUUGGGGGAUUAAUGGUUGAGGUGCAGUGUAAUGAGGAGUCAAAGCUGAUCGGCGACUUGUUCAAAGACUACAAAAAAAACAUACGACCUGUGGUUCAUCCUGAGGACAAGCUGACUGUUCAGAUCAAGAUGACCCUCACUAACCUUAUCUCCCUGAAUGAAAAGGAGGAGACUCUUACGACCAACGUGUGGAUUGAGAUUCAAUGGGUUGAUUAUCGCUUUGUCUGGAACACCUCUGAUUAUUAUGGCAUUGAUAUUAUUCGUGUCCCGUGCAACACAGUGUGGCUUCCUGAUAUUGUCCUGGAGAACAACAUUGAUGGCAAGUUUGACGUGGCUUACUAUGCCAAUGUGUUGAUCAGCAACACUGGGUGGAUGUACUGGCUGCCUCCUGCCAUCUAUCGCAGCACUUGUGCCAUUGAGAUCACCUUCUUCCCGUUUGACUAUCAAAACUGCACGCUAGCAUUCCGAUCCCAGACUUACAGUGCCAAAGAAGUGGACCUUAUUUUGGCUGUAGAUGAAAAUGAACACACUAUUGAAUGGGUGGACAUCGACCCAGAGGCUUUCACGGAGAAUGGUGAGUGGGCCAUCGUCCAUCGUCCGGGCAGGAAGAUGAUCAACAAGCGGUACACCCCGGAUGACCUGGAGUAUCAGGAGAUCCUGUUCAAUCUGAUCAUCCAAAGGAAGCCGCUUUUCUACAUCAUCAACAUCAUCCUGCCCUGCUCCCUCAUCUCCUCACUAGUCGUAUUGGCCUACUUCCUCCCUGCACAGGCUGGAGGACAGAAGUUGACUGUGGCCAUCUCCGUCCUGCUGGCUCAAACUGUCUUCCUCUUCCUUAUCGCUCAGAAAGUCCCUGAGACAUCUCUCUCUGUCCCUCUUAUCGGCAAGUACCUGAUCUUUGUCAUGUGCGUUACUACUCUCAUUGCUACCAAUCAAAUCGUGGUGCUGAACUUCUCCCUGCGCAGCCCCAACACUCACACCAUGUCCCACAGCAUAAAACAUGUGUUUUUGGAGAUGGUGCCUCGCUUCCUUGGCAUGUUCCCACUGGUGGAUGACAGCGAGGUGACGUCAGAGGUCAACGGAGUGAGGGAGCGGCGGCGCAGCUCUUUCGGCCUCAUGCAAAGAGCAGAGGAAUAUGUGAUGAAACAACCGCGCAGUGAAAUGAUGUUUGACAAACAGAGAGAGAGGCACGGUCUAACACGGGCUAUUGUGGAUAAUAUGGACAUCAGCAGCACAGCCAACCUGUACAAGAGUUUGGCUCAAGCUGCACCAGAGAUAAAGCAGUGUGUUGAUGCCUGCAACUUCAUCGCUGAGAGCACAAGACAGCAGAACAACAUUGGAUCUGAAAUUGAGAGCUGGGUACUGAUCGGGAAGAUGAUUGACAAGGUGUGUUUCUGGGCUGCCAUUCUCCUCUUCAUCAUCGGCACGGUGGGGAUCUUCCUGACGGGACACUUCAACCAGGUGCCAGAAUUUCCAUUUCCUGGCCAGAGCAAAAAAUACAUUGCGCCAUAAGAGAGUUCAAAAACAAAAAAAUGUUUUCAAUCUGUUGAAGCUUUUUCCUCACGCUUUCUAUGAGGCUGAGCGGUCUUGAGUCCUUGACGCGUCGCACUCAAGGUUGAGUUAAGUCUCUGCAGCAGGUUUUUAAAAACAGAUGUUCAACAGAAGAUGUGUCUGUGUCAACGUUCACAGCUCAGACUUUUAUAAGCUGAGGGUUUGUUAUUCAAAUACACAGCUUUGUUUUUAGUUCUUCAUAUUGGUGUCUGUUCAUUUGGAUGAACUGUAUCGUUGGAUGAGGUCGAGCUUCAUCAUCAUCAUAGAAUAGAUUAAUCAUUUGUCUGUUCUGUGAUAAUAAAGACUAUAGUUCUUAGUUUAGACUUGGGGUCAUGGUUGAAAAUACUUAAACCCAUUUACCACCAUUCUGGGAGUUCUUUCUAUUGAAGCUUCCUAAUUCAAAACUACUGCAGCAUUGCGAUUGUGUAUUAAAUGCAGCCACAUUGACUGUGAAGAGCUAUAUUCAAAAAUAGCAGAAAAGAAGUAACACUGCUGGUCUUUCAUGGGCUUCAUCCAUGUACCACACUAAAAAACAUAUCUACUUAUGUCUGGAUAAGUAGCCGUGCAUGUACUAUGUCUUAUAUAAAGAACUUGUGCAUGUAACUUGAGCCAGCCUGCUCUGAAUCAAAGCCUUAUUCUUUUUACUAUGACUUAUUCAUUAGAAAGUCUUGUUAGAGGUAGGUGGCUCAGAGGGAUGUCGUCUUGAUGUCAUUGUGCCAUGUUUUUAAAUAAAUAUUUUAUU